UUCUUUUUUUUUCUUUUCAUUGUCCUCUUCGUCACAACUAUGGGUAGAACAAAGGUGAAACUCGCUUUCAUUGAGAAUGAUGCUGCAAGGAAAUCAACAUAUAAGAAAAGGAAGAAUGGUUUAUUGAAGAAAGUUGAUGAACUAAGCACUCUUUGUGGAAUUGAAGCUUGUGCCAUAAUUUUUAGUCCGUAUGAUCCUCAACCUGAGAUUUGGCCAUCCCCAUUAGGAGUCCAAAAGGUUCUCUCCAAAUUCAUGACAGUGCCUGAAUUUGAGAAAAGCAAAAAAAUGGUGAAUCCCGAGAUUUUCUUGAAACAAAGGGUUAUGAAGGUUAAAGAGAAACUAAACAAGCAAAGGAGAGAGAAUUGGGAGAAGGAGAUGACUAUGCUCAUGUUUCAAUGUCUCAAUGCAGCGAAAAUUGUGGACAACAAUAUCGCAGAGACUGAUUUGAAAAAUCUAUCUUGGAUGAUUGACAAGAAUUUGAAACAUAUCUGUAGAAGGUUGGAGGGAGAGGAUAGUUGCAUUAUUAAUAGUCAAGAUCAGCUUGAAAUGGCAUUGGCAGCACUACCACCACCAACAACAUCCCAGAAUGAAACACUUGAAAUGAAUAAUGCUGACACUAUCACAAUGAAUGAUCAUGGGGAGGAAGCAAUAUUGUUUGGUAAUGAUGCUCAAAUUCAAAAUGAAUUUUGGAGUAAUCUUUUACCUUAGAAUGAAUUUAUCUGUGUUUUGCAUGUAUUGAGAUGAA